CAAAGUGUCGAGAGAGAGGGGUGGUUCCGGUGUGUUACGCUUGGUUCCUAUACCCUGACGGGAUUGCUGGCGUUUUUUUCUCUCCGUGGAGUUUUAGACAAGAGGUGAACAUGUCUGGUCGCGGAAAGCAGGGCGGCAAAGUGCGGGCAAAAGCUAAGUCCCGGUCCUCCCGCGCAGGACUGCAGUUCCCGGUGGGCCGAGUGCACAGACUGCUGCGCAAAGGUAACUACGCGGAACGAGUUGGCGCUGGAGCGCCGGUGUACCUGGCAGCGGUGUUGGAGUACCUGACUGCUGAGAUCCUGGAGUUGGCAGGCAACGCUGCACGCGACAACAAGAAGACAAGAAUAAUCCCUCGCCACCUGCAGCUCGCCAUUCGCAACGACGAGGAGCUAAACAAGCUGCUGGGAAAAGUGACCAUCGCUCAGGGCGGUGUCCUGCCCAACAUCCAGGCCGUGCUGCUGCCCAAGAAGACGGAGAGUCAGAAGGCGAAGAGCAAGUGACCCUGACGCCGCUAGAGAGGAGCUGGCUUUCUGAGCAAAGCCUCUUCAUAGCCGCCCCGCAGUGGUUUUGAAUAUGCUGGAUGUCACGGAGGGUCAGCGCAAUCUAUUGGGGAGGUGGGCUGCGAGGGGCCCACCGGUGUGGGGGACCAAUAAAGUCGGUGAAAAUCGU